AUUCAAUCCAACAACAGAUUCUCUACAAAGAAAAUCUACCCAGUACCUUCCAUAGCGAUUGAAAGAGAGGAGCAAUUGUCCUUCAAUAAAUCAGCAAGCCCGUCCAAACCCCACCAUAAAUAACCUCAGAAUUCCCCAAUCCGGAAUUCCUACAAGCCCCUCCAAACCCCUCAAAUCCCCAAAGAUGGCACCCGUCAAACCCUUUUGGUCUCAGCCUUCUCACCCACAUGUUCAAGAAGUCAUCUACGGCGAAGAUGAAAAUGGAUAUACCACAAAAUCCAUCUCCAAAGUUUCUCUUCCUCCUUUUGCUGUUUUUGCAAAAUUGGAAUUUCCACCAUGUACCGACGCCCCAGAAGCUACUUAUGCCACUGUCCAAACAGACACAAACACCCAUUUGAAUCUCAAUUCGGACUUAUUGUAUAUCAAUCAUUCUUGUGAACCUUCUCUCAUCUUCGACGUGCAAAACCGCACCAUUCUCACCUCCCACACUGGCCUCACUGUAGGCCAAGAACUAACUUUCUUCUACCCUUCCACCGAAUGGUCCAUGUCCCAGCCAUUUCCCUGCAACUGUGCUACUCCCUCUUGCGUAGGAGAGAUCAGUGGUGCGGGACAGAUGAGCGCUAAAGCCUUAGAGGGAAAAUGGUUGAGCGCUCAUAUUAGACGGGCAUUAGAGGAGAAGAGGAAUGGGAAUGGAAUCGGUAACGUGAUGAAGAAUGGAGAGAAAAAUGUCAAUGGAAAAUUGAACGGCGUUAAUGGGAAAAUGUCAAAUGGAGAAGUUAAUGGAGAGGGGGAAAUCAAUGGAAGACGAGGCGUCACGAGUAGGGAAAUGAGCGGAGAGAUGGGUGGAGAUACUUUGUAGAAUAUGGGGGGGUGAUUGAGAGGAGGUUUCCUUGCGUUCUGGUUUUUGAUUUUUGGCUUUUUAGUGUUUUGUCCUUCAACAGGAUCAUGCGAGUUUGGUAUGUUGGGAUUUAACAUCCUGUUGGUAUUGCAUCAUAUUAUAUCGUCAUACAACUUUGUUAUUUAGCAAACUACACAUUUGAUUUUCU